AUUUUCAUUCUUGCUACAUCACCACUUCAUUGGCAUUUAAAAAUAAUUCUCCACUCAAAUUUCAUCAUCAACUUGCUCCUCUUCUUAUUCCUUUGCAAUUGUUACCAACAAUUCUUACUUAGCUCUCACUAGCUAACAACCAUGAAGAAAGUUGUGUUGAAGGUAGGUUUUUAUAAUGAUAGAAUCAAGCAAAAAGUGAUGAAGACAGCAUCUGGCCUUUUAGGGGUUGAAUCAGUAUCAAUAGAGUUGAAAGAAAAGAAAUUAACAUUAUCAGGAGAUAUUGAUCCAGUAAAGGCAGUGACGAAGUUAAGAAAACUGUGUCAAACAGAAUUAGUUUCAGUUGAACCUCUAAAAGAAGACAAGAAAUCAACUGAUGUAUCUACUAAUCUCAACUCCUUAGAAUCAUAUCCUUUCUAUUAUCAUAUGUAUCCACCACCUUAUAUAGGUUACUAUAUUUGAUGUGAUAAGAAGAGAUUUCUAAUGGAAUGCUAUAAGAAAAAUGUAUAGUUUGAUAAAAUAUAGAAAAAUAUUUAGCAUAUACCCCUAUGUAUGCACCUUGAGAGAUAAAGAUAUAAAUAGAGUAGUUUGAUAGAUAUGAUAUAUUGAUAAUGAGAUACAAAGAGAAAAAAAAAAAAAAAAAGUAAUGUGUUGAGUACGUGUAGAGAAAUUUGGAAUGUAUGUGUAUCAUUGUUGUAAAAUAUAUUGCGAUGUUUUUCUUCGAUAUUUGUUUUAAAUGUAUUAUGAACCAUAUC